UCCUUAUUGCAACAAAUUAUUCUGUAUUCAUCGUUAUCUUAUAACAUAAAAGUUAACCUUGAACUAAACAGAUUUAGCGCCUGAAAAUGUAACGUACCUACUACCUACUACCUAUCAGUUUAUCACAGUUUUUUUUUACACAAAGUAAAACAUUCUUUGAAGUUAUUAUACCAAGUGAGAAUACCAAUGUUUAAUUGUUAGGGGAGAUACUACGUCGUGCUUUUAUAAUUAUAUCGCUGAUUGAAUGAAUAUUGUAUAUUUCACUCAACCGUUGUAUGAACACAGCUUGCUAUUUAUACGGACGCAAAAUAUCUAAUAUAAAUGAUAUUUACAAACCAGAAAAAAAUUACAAUAUUUGAUUAGCGGUAGUUUAUUAAUCAUAUUACCCAUUUUAUUCUCGGUUAAAGUUCAGAGAAGCUACAUAAAAAUAAUUUUAAUUUGUCACAAUGUUAUUAAUACUUCUAGUUUCUCUUAAUUUGCAAGAAGGGAGUAGUUCUGAUUGCUCAGCUCCUAGUGUGACAACGGUUAGUGGGACACAUGCUCCUCAAGGAAAGAUUUGCCCAGGGGAUUUGAUAUUCCAGGACAAUUUCGAUGACUUCAAACUACCUGUUUGGCAACACGAGCUGACACUGGGGGGAGGAGGCAAUUGGGAAUUCCAAUGGUACAACAAUAACAGGACUAAUAGUUAUGUCGAGAAUGGUAUUCUGCACAUCAAACCAACUUUGCUAGCAGAUGAAAAAGGAGAAAGUUUUUUGUAUUCUGGGACCUUGGACGUAAACGGGGGAUCACCCGCAGAUCAGUGCACAAACCCACAGUGGUAUGGAUGUGUUCGUACUGGUAAUAAAGUCCACGUCCUCAACCCUAUAAAAAGCGCUCGUAUUCGCACUGUUGAUUCAUUUGCUUACAAAUAUGGGAAAAGUGAGGUUAGAGCAAAACUUCCCUCUGGAGAUUGGCUAUGGCCAGCAAUAUGGAUGAUGCCUCGUUGGAACUCCUACUCCAGCUGGCCAGCAUCUGGCGAAAUAGACAUAAUGGAAAGCCGUGGUAACAAAAAUUUAGUCACCUCCAAUGGCAUUAAUAUUGGAACACAGCAGGUAGGCAGUACCCUUCACUGGGGCCCAAAUCCAGACUACAAUAAAUUCAUGCAGACACAUUUCGAGAAAAAUAAUAAGUCUGGUUACGAUUCAGACUUCCACAAAUAUCAAUUAGAAUGGACACCAGAAAAAAUCGUAUUUUCUCUGGACGAUACAGUGAUCGGAACAGUGACCCCACCAGAUGGUGGUUUCUGGGAACUCGGAAACCUUGCUGCUACGGGAGUAGAAAACCCGUGGAAGAGGAACUCUAAAAUGGCGCCGUUCGAUCAAGAGUUCUAUAUCAUUAUAAAUUUAGCAAUUGGUGGAAUUGGUUACUUUCCCGACGAUGCUAACAAUCCUGGAGGCAAACCAUGGCUUAACACAUCACCGAAAGCUUUAACAGAUUUUUGGGAAGGUCGUGAGCAAUGGCUUCCCACGUGGAAUAUGACAACAGAUGAUACUCAUCUCCAAAUUGAUUAUGUACGAGUAUGGGCUCUCUAACUUCUUAGUUAAAUUCAGGGUGAGUCAGGAAGAAUACACGGGGGAGGAUUCUAUAAGGAAAAAUAAAAAAAUACACAUAUUGUCAUUCGAUUUUCAUUUGUUUCCAACGUUAUAGCGCUUUGAUAAAAUACCCUACAAACAUUGGGUUACUUUGUAUACCUCGCUUUCUAAAGUUCAAUAGUAUAAGGUCUUGAAAUCUUGGAGUUUAAUUAUUAGUAAAAUACUUAAUUAGUACUUAAAUAGAACGUUAACAUUUCAAUGGUUAUUCAACUGAAAGUUAAGGUAUCAGUAACGUUAUUAUAAGGGUCGUGUUCUUACUGGGAAGAAAAUCAGAUAAUAUGUUCAUAUAAUUUUUUAACACAAACAUGGGGUUUAUUCAUCCUUCCUACUCACCCUGUAUACAUAAUAUACAAUGUUUGUAUAAAUGAGAAGGUACUAAUAGUACCAGAUAACAUAUUUUUAAACAAAAUAUACCUUCAUCCAAAUUGGUUUCAUUUGGGAAUAAUUAAAAAAAUAUUUUUGGAAAUAUGAAACCAAUGAACGAUUAUCAGAUUUUGCAUUAGGUACAGUAAUAUAAUCUUCUAUUGGCACAAAAUGUCACCCCAAUACAGAUAUGUAGCCUCAGAUAUGCAGUUAUCAUAACCAGACUCGUUAUGAAAAUAAAAAAAUAUGUAAUUGGAAAGAAUUACAUUUAAGAGACAAAAAUUUCAAAAAUAUUUUAUAAUUUGUACCUAUACACCUUACCUUACCUUGCCUUGCCUUGCCUUACCUUAC